CCCCCGCCGCUGAUCACCUGAUCUGCGCCCGGCGGUCACGUGAUACGGUCUCCAUCGUCGCCAUCUUGAAGCGGUGUCCAAGGGGGUGAAACAAGUAGGGCCAAUAUUUACUUGUUUGGAGUUAUUACUUCGAGGAAAUGUUCCAAACACGAACUCUGCAGCGUGAGUCUGAGUUUCCCAGCAGUUACUGAACUUUGCAAUUAUAAGGAACUCAAGCCCAAACAACAUUUUUUCAGAAGCAAAUUCCACUGGAAGACUUUCUGUCCAGCAGUGCCAUCCAUACCCUGCAGUUUUGACCACAUCACAAAGUAUCUUUUCAUGUAUUAUGGAAGAAGGAAGUAGUGUUGCAGUACUGAUGCCAAAUAUUGGAGAACAGGAAGCUGUACUGAUCUCUGAAACAGUCAUUGGCCCAACACUGCAAAGCAGUGAAGAUCAGAGAAAAUGUAAAACAGAUCCAUUAAUCCAUGUUAUCCAGAAGCUAAGCAAAAUAGUUGAAAAUGAGAAAUCACAAAGAUGCCUUUUAAUAGGGAAAAAACGUUCCCAUCCUGACGCUUCAGCACAGUCCUUUGAUACAGAUAAUCUUUGUGAAAUCCCAGCUAAAGCGAUUGAGCUAUCUGUUAUUGCUGCUAAAAAGACUGAAGAGUUACAGGCUGACUAUUUUGUGACUGAAUGUCUUCCACAAAGCAAAAAGAAGGUGACAUGCUACCAGUGCAGUCUAUGUAAAUUUCUAUCACCUUCUCUCUUUAUGCUACAAGAACAUAUAAAACAGCAUGGGCAGAAAAACGAAGUGAUACUGAUGUGCUCAGAAUGUCGUUUUACCUCUAAAAACCAAGAAGAACUUGAAUCUCACUUCCAAAAUCACCAUGAGAGUGAAAGUAAAAAUAGCAUCCAGACAAACGUGCAGCAGUGUGUGAAUGCAUCAAGUUCAUUUUUGCAAGGGACAGUGGAAGGAAAUGUCAAAUCGGGGGCUGGAAAUACAGACUGUAAAGAUACCACUCAGUCUAGUCACAUAUCUGAAAUGGGUAGGAGGAAAUGGUAUACUUAUGAGCAGUAUGGCAUGUACCGAUGUUUAAUUUGUCGGUAUACCUGUGGUCAGCAACGAAUGUUGAAAACUCACGCUUGGAAACAUGCGGGUGAAGUUAACUGUUCCUAUCCUAUCUUUGAGGAAGAAAAUGAAACUGCCAGCUUGUCAGAGACGGCAGUAACACAUACACCUUAUAGCAUGGAUACAGUUAUUCUUUCUUUGGAAAACAACGGACUAGAUAUCCAUAGUGAACCUACUCUUCAGCUUCAGAUUUGCAAUUCUGAGCAGCUGUCAUGCAAAUCACCAGUAGGAACAAACGUAAAAGAAGAUGAGAUGAUAAGUCAGUCUGUAGUGCAUUCUCCUACUACAGAGGAGACUGUUUCAGACACAGAACAAGAUAAUUUGAUAACUGAUAGCCUACUUUCAUCAGCACAGAAAAUCAUUAAUUGUAGCCCAAAUAAAGAGGGUCACGUUAACGUAAUAGUCGAGCGUUUGCCAGGUGCUGAAGAAAGUGUCAUACAAAAGCCUUUCUUGAUGAACACUGACAUUGAAACAGAAAAGAAAAUCCUUUCAGAGGAAUCCCAUGUUACCUCUGAAGAACCCAAUGGAGUUUAUCAUUCAGGUGAAAUCCAAGAAGUAAUAAUAGGAUGGAAUAAUACUGAGAAAAAAGAUAAUGAAUUAAGCUCUAUAAAAAAUGUAACAACUGAUGAAAAUGCACCUCCUGUACGAAGAAGAACAAAUUCAGAGUCUUUACGACUACACUCACUAGCUGCAGAAGCUCUUGUUACAAUGCCUAUCAGAGCUGCAGAGCUAACAAAGUCUAGCUUGAGGACUUUGACUGGGGAAGACACUGUGAAUGCAGAUACAGGGCAGGGAGAGGCUGAUGGCACAGGCACAGCUCAUUCUAGAGUGGUAUCUUCGCUUAAGAAUCCGUCAGAGGAGUUUACUGGUUUAAACCAAAGUGAAUGUGCAAUAGUUGAGAUACAGAAAGAAAGGCCAGAGUUAUCAGAAGCACCAAUUAAAAUGGGCAUCAGCAUGUCUCUACUCACUGUCAUUGAGAAACUGAAGGAGAGGACAGAUCAAAAUGCUUCUGAUGAUGACAUUUUGAAAGAAUUACAAGACAACGCACAAUGCCAAAAUGCAAAUGAUGCAAAUGUUCCAGGAAAUAACCUAGUAGAAUACAUACCUAAUGUAGACCGACCCUACCGCUGUCGCCUCUGCCACUACAGCAGUGGUAAUAAAGGCUACAUAAAACAACAUUUGAGAGUCCAUCGUCAGAGGCAACCCUAUCAGUGUCCUAUCUGUGAACACAUUGCUGACAAUAGUAAGGAUUUAGAGAGCCACAUGAUCAACCACUGCAAAACAAGAAUGUAUCAGUGCAAGCAAUGUGAAGAAUCGUUUCAUUAUAAGAGCCAACUGCGAAAUCAUGAGAGAGAACAACACGGUCUUCCAGAUAUCUUUUCAACAUCCACAUCUAACAAACUAAUAGUUUCCAGUGAAGCAGAUGAAAGAGAAGGAAGUAAGUCUUCAGUUCAGAAACUGUAUAGAUGUGAUGUAUGUGACUACACCAGCACAACUUACGUUGGCGUAAGAAAUCACAGACGAAUUCAUAACUCUGAUAAACCGUACAGAUGUCGAGUAUGUGACUUCGCUACCACAAAUAUGAAUAGCUUGAAAUGCCAUAUGAGGCGUCACCCCCAGGAGCAUCAGGCAGUGCAGCUAAUGGAACAGUACAAGUGUUCUCUCUGUGGAUAUGUAUGUAGCCAUCCUCCUUCCCUGAAGUCCCACAUGUGGAAACAUGCAAGUGACCAAAAUUAUAACUACGAACAAGUCAACAAGGCUAUUAAUGAUGCAAUUUCACAAAGCAGCAGGUUUCAAGGACAGCUUCCUGACAAAACCUUAUUGGAAGGCACAGAAGAAAGUACUGUAUCUAUUCUAGGAAGUUCAGACAAUCUGGUGUCUUUUGCAGAGUCUGUUAACCAGAUUAAUAAUGAAAUUUCAGGUUCUGAUGAAAAUGAAAAGCCCAAUUUGAUGAAUACCUCAUGCAGUUUAGAAAAGAACUCCACUCUACCCCAUCUUGGCACAGAGUACUGUGUUCUUCUCUUCUGCUGCUGCAUUUGUGGUUUUGAGUCUACCAACAAAGAAAAUCUGCUGGAUCAUAUGAAAGAACAUGAGGGUGAAAUAAUAAAUAUUAUCCUAAAUAAGGACCACAGCACAAAUCAGAACACAAACUAGGUGAAGCAGUAAGUUGAAGAGAGGGUUGCCUAGGGUGAAUAUUUUCUUUCUUUGCUAAAUUUGCUUGAGAAACUAAAGAGAAGAAUUGCAAACAAAACUUGAUGAUUUCCUAUCCUAAGUCCUUGUUUCAGUAAGAACAUAACAUUAACCAGGGAUCGAUGAAUCAUUUUAGAGAUAAAUACUGGGAGCAGGGAAGAGAACAAUCCACAUUAACGUGAUAUAUCUCUAUAUGGUGCCAAGAUUGCAGGAUUGUUGCUUUUUUUCCUUUCGUUGACAGGUACUAGUCAGUAAUAAUGCAUUCGGACUGUGUUAAAACCCAAAGGUAUGAGAGCUUUAUAUCAACUGAAAAGCUUUGGUGUUUUCCAAAUAUUUAGGCAAAUAACUGUGUUACUCUUUUUUGGAGCUAGCAACAUACCAGAUACAAAUAUACAACAUGAUCUCAUUUAACUCAGCCUGGAUUUGGAAGGUAGAGAGAAGGGAGGUGGGUGAGGACAUGUGUGUGCUUGCACAUACGCCUAGGCAUUUCGUUUUCCCAGUCUACUUUUAAGGCUUUACAAACUCCUAGCUGUGUUUCACAAAGGAGUAGUAUUCUGUCUGUUGAUUUAGAGCACCCGGAGCCAAGUAGCCUAGAAGCAUUUUGCUAGUAACUGUUUCUCCAAUUGGAUCCUAACUAAUAGCUAAUCUUUUUAAUUGAUUGUGUGUAAAAGAUUCUUUAUAAUAAUGACCUGCUGUAUCUUAAGGGCUUUAUUAACACACUCAGCAGAACUAUUCAAAAAACAAAAACUCCAACCAAACAAACAAAAAGCAACGCCAAGCAUCUCAUGUGUCACUUGUAAAUUGCAGUGAUUACUUUGCAGUACAUAUGAGGAGUGUUUUCUAAUGAGAUCAAGGUGUUAACAAUAAUUGCCACAAAGAUUUUUAAACCUAUGGGGAUCCCAAGGAUGUAGAUGAGCAUGAGCUGGGAUUUCGAGAAAUGCCCACAUGCUUUGGAGUUCUUUCAAAAUCUCACUGGCUCUCUAAAUUUCCAAUUUGUGUGGCAGAGUUGUCACUAUAGAAAUAGUUCAUAGAAACAUCAUCUUCCUACAGAAAGUUAUAUUUCAAAAAAAUAAAACACGGCAAAAUCAUCAAAACCAGUCAGUUGUAGAAUAAGUUCUGCUAGUUUCUAAAUAGGAAUUUAUAAAGGCAAUUGAGGAUUACUUUGUUUUCUGAGGAACACAUGGGAGUCCUUCCCUUUAAUUUUCCUGCUAACAACAGUCUGCAGUAGAAGCUGUUCAUCUACGUGUCAGCUGGGAUGUGGCUAAUUACCAGGCAACCUUUUGAGGUUAUGUAUAAAGUUGGCUACCUAAAUUGUUUGGGAUACACAUUUCAAUUGAAUGAAAUAGUAACACUUCUGACUAAGCCCUUUCAUAACAUGAUCUAAACUUUCUUCUUCUGCUUUUAAAGAAUGGCAGUAGCACAGAAGCAUGCCUAGUUCCUGAUUGGAAUGCAGGUACCUGAUUUUUUAUUAGUUUAUUACUUAAAAAUGACUUGCUCUUAGAAAAAUAGCAUUUUAUUUCCCAUUUAUGCAUUUCUGCUAGCAGAAAAUAAGCUACAACAGUAAAUCCAAGACAGUACCGUAUGUAUAUAUGUAUGUAGCAUACAGUCUGCUGUGCACUGCUGACUGAAGGUGGCAAAGAGGAACAGAAAAAAGCAAGUCUGGUUACAACUUUAUGAUAUAGCAUGAAAUCUAAAUGCUAGGGCAGAAGGCAUGAAGAUUCCAGCUACAUUUUGUGGUUUUAUUUGUAAGUGAUUUCCUUACCUUGUUCUUUAGAUUAAAUAUAUAUUAUUUCAUUUAUAAAUUAGGUAUCAGAAAGUAUACAAACGUGAAGCAAGUUCAGUUUCCUGUUAAAAGUUAUUUUUCAUAUUUCUACAAAAGGAUUUUACAUUUGAAAAACAUGAUUUAUUCACAUCAUGUCAAAAUGAAUUAGAGAUGGUUAAACUCUACCAGUCAGUAUGCACAGAAACCAUAAUUUGCCAUGUUCUUAUUUUUGCAUAAAGGGAAAGUUAUGUAAGGUUACUCUGCCAGCGAGAGAUAAAAGGUGAAAAACUUGUAUUCACAAACUAAGAAGUGAGUAGCUUUGAACCGAAGUUAACAGUUUGGUUCUAUGUUCAGGCCACAUAAUGCACCAAGACUCCUUGUAAUGGGAUUGGGAACCAGGAUGUAUAUUUACAAUUGCUCUUUGCAAUCUUGUUGCUUUUUUUCUGCUAAACCAGGGGUUACUACAAUAGCAUCAAGCUAGUUGCCUCUUAAAACCGCUAGCAAUCUACCAAGUGCCAACAAAUUAUUCUUUCCUGGAGGCACAGAAGCAUUUUUAACUGUCUCUGUGCUGCUUGCUGUUAGUUACCCACCCAUAAUUCCCAUGGCCUUUAUCAGAAGUUCUGCAUGUGAAGUAAUUAUAGGCUUAGUUUCUGAAAGCAAAGUAUUUCUCAGGUUAUCUGCUUUAGAAAGCAUAUGGUUGGCUUGGCCGCAUGUUACAUAAGGGUUUUUCAAGCACAUUUCAAAGUCACUAACACUGCAGUCUUCCCCUUUUUUUUUAAGCUUCUAAAAUAUUUUUUGGAUUUUCUGUCACAGCACUAUCAGCUGAUCAGCUUUUCUCUUCCUGUUUGUUUUAAUUAGAGUUUAGUCGGCGAAAUGAACUGUAACUUAUAGCUUUGAUUUUAAAUGCCUGUACUUCUACUAAUGAGAAACCUUCAUUCAUACUAGGCUAUAAUGAUAAAUAGGUGCGUAUUUCAUCUUUCUGAUUUAUGCUUGGCCUGAAGAAAUGGGAUUCAGUCAGAGUUAUUGUAUUUUCCUCCUUCAGAAGCACUUAUUUAAUCAUUUUUUUAAAUGUACAGUUGGUGCUCAAAGUAACGUUUGUUAAGAUAUAUUUAAUAGAAAUUUACAUUUGCAUUUGAUAUUCAUGGACAUGGGUACAUGUAUUUUUUUAAGAAAAGGUAUUGUAACACUAUGGCACUGCUUUUAUAGCCAAAGUAUAAAAAAAAAAUAGAACUGACAUGUAAAGACUGCAGUUAAUGCUGACACUGUAUCUUAUUAAAUAGGAUGACUUCCGUUUUAUGAAAUUAUCCAGCACAUUAAGCUGCAUGCCUUAAGCUCUCUCUAGGAUUGUGUUCCUGAUAGAUGACUGUUUGGAACUACGAAGCAAAGUCUGUAGUACUACUUUAACUACCUUCUGAAAUACUGUACAAUGUUAGAAUAAUUUAUUUUGCUUUACAGGAGUUUGUCACGUAUUGACUUUAAUAUUGUAUUUUGGUAAUAAACUUUUUUGGUUAAACA